AUGGGUGCCAUUCGAAAGGGGAAGUACUCCAAGCUAGGAUGUAUGGAAUGUAAGAGGAGGAAAAUCAAAUGCGAUGAGUCUAAGCCUGUGUGCUGGCACUGCGAUCGGUUAUCAAAGACAUGCGUAUAUCCAGCCAGGCAACAAAAGAGGGACUUGCCCAAUGUCGAUUUGGCCAAGUCAUUAGAAGAGUUGUUGAUGGAUCAAAUUGGCGAUUUUCAAGAGACUCCUGCCUCAUCAUCUCUCGAGAUUCCGGAGUUGGCGAUAACACCACGGAUUGGGAAAUUUGACAUUGGUCAAUUUUCCCUCGAUACCGAAAGUCGAAAGUAUCUGCAGCUCUUCUAUGAUGAGUUCACGCAAGUCAUUUUCCCCUUUAACGUGCGAGAGGAGAAUGUAAUCAGGGAAGUUAUAUUAAACCACGCAAUAAAUGGAGGUUAUUUGCUCAGUGCGGUUUUGGCGUGUGGUGCGUUGAGGUCGUACCACAAGAGCUCGAGUGAAGCGGAUGAGAAGAGCUAUGUUGGGUACCUAUCGAAAUGCAUGAAGCUGCUAAGCAACAGGAUAAGUAAAGGGCUAGGUGAUGAACUGGAGAGUAUGAUUCUGACCACGUUGUUGAUAACGAGUUACAAUGCCAGUUCGAAUGUUGUCAAGUGGCGGCCGCAUUUGGAGGCUGCCGGACGGAUGUUGAUGAAUGAGAACAUAGCUGGCGAAGUAUAUUCGAUAUGUCGAUGCUGGUUUAUAAGUAUCGAGAUAUUAGCUGGCCUGAGUUCUAAAAUCGGGGGCACGAUAUCGAAUGAGGAGUGGAAGAUCAUGGAAGGGUGGAUAGAAGACACCAGCCAGAUGGAGAACCUUGGACUAAUUUGGAAGAACGCGUGGAAUGGUCCUGUUUUCAACCUCAUGUACGGGUAUACCAACAAAUUAGGAGUUGUAUUGGGUCGUUUAUGUUUACUUCUCAAGGAGACACGACAAAAUGGGUGCGGGUGUGUCUCCAUUGGGGAGAUUGGGUGGUUGAUGGAGAUGUUGGACAGCGAGGAUAUCAAGAGUUUCAAGAUCUGGGAUGGCAGUGGAUACCUGAGGAAAAUUGAUGGCAUUGUACCUGCCGAACUGCUUGAGUCUGUUGAGGAAUUUGACGAUUUGGGAGACGAAGGGGGUCCACUGUGGGCCUCCUGGUGGGACAUCAGUUAUCAAAGCCAUCGUAUAGUUGGAAUUAUCCAGGUAUUGACGGAGUUGAUGCAGUUACCGAGAGAACAUCUCUUAGUGAGGCGGGCCAUUGGCGAUGCAAUGCGAAUUUUGCGGUUUCUACGAAGCGGUAAGCGGGUCCAGUCCUAUUCGGUGCUUAUGUUUCAGCUAUGUGUGUUUCUCGUUGGGAAAUGGACGUGUCUGGGGGAGGACCGUGUUUAUGUUGUGAAAUUUUUCCAAGAGUUGCGGAUGUUUGGCAAUGUGAGUGCACAGCAUUCGUUGGAUGUCCUAGAGAGUCUCUGGAGUGGGCGACGUGUCAGUGAUGACGAGGAUAUAAUCAGUUACUAG